AUGGCCUUCACCGACCCGCAGUGCAACCAUAACCUAGCCUCCAAGUCCACGGGACUUUCCUACCCCUGGGAAGAUUCAAGGUCCAGAGAACCUCUGGCCAGAGCUCCUCAGAGGCUCCUGCAGGCGGUGAUGGCUUGCCUCAAGCCAUCUAGUCAAGAAGCAUUUUUUGAGCACCCACUAGAUAGCAGUUCUAUGGUUGGGAGAAAGCAGAGCCAGGACUCAAGCCCAAGUCCUAGACUCUCUGUCCAGUGCUCCCCUCCACCAUGGCCUGCAGGCUCCUGGCUGCCACCUCCUUCCCAGUUUUGGAGUGCCCUCCAUGGCCCUUUCUCUCUGCAGAUCCAGAGGAAUGCCUACUCCAUCUUCUUCGACGAGAAGUUCUCCAUCCCCCUGGACCCUGCAGCCCUGGAGGAGAAGAGCCUGCGGUUUUCUGUUUUUGGCAUUGAUGAGGAUGAGCGGAAUGUCAGCACGGGGGUGGUGGAGCUGAAGCUUUCUGUGCUCGACCUCCCGCUGCAGCCAUUCAGCGGCUGGCUCUACUUACAGGACCAGAACAAGGUCGCCGAUGCUGUGGGUGAGAUCCUGCUCUCCCUCAGCUACCUCCCCACGGCCGAGCGCCUCACCGUGGUGGUGGUGAAGGCCAAGAAUCUCAUCUGGACCAAUGACAAGACCACAGCAGGUAAGGCCCUGCUGGCUGCCGGGCUCCUCCUUGCAGCUGGUGACUACGAGGGCAAAGUGGAACCUGUCCCCCUGUUCCCGGAAGAUCGCCCACACCUGGCAUUGUGCCUAGCGUUCAGCGGGGGUGUCAUAAAUACCUCCUGA